AUGGCAACCACACAAUUUGACCCCCCUCUGCCGGGCUCUUCUUUCUUCGAUAUCUAUAAUGAUGGGGCUGCCCAGCGCAACCCGGGCCACCUGCCCGGAGGAGCCUGCAACUAUGUGGACUUGACGCCCGGCGCCAAUGGAGCCAAGUGCGGAUGCCGUCGUUUCUGGAGCCGUUUUGCUGUCGGGAGAGCAUACACGGAUAACCUGGGUACUGACAAUUCCGUCUGGUGCAUGUGUUCGCAUCACGCCUGCUUCCACGAUGACGGACGCGCCGCGAGCGAGGCGCCGGCGCCCACGCCCACGCCCGCAUUUCAUCCCACGACCACCGCCCAGGUUGGCGGCCAGGAGAACGAGAGGCCGAGAAUGUCCAGGGAGCCUCUUAGCCCGGUCCAGUUGCCGGAUAUGUCUUUUCGGAUGCCCACCGGAUUCACCCCGACCAUGGAAUUUGUGAACCUGGAUGCAGCCAUGGCCGUAUCCCCAAAGAAGCCCGAGGAUCCCAGGCCUCGCCAACAGGACCAUUCCACACAGCGGCCCGAAUCAACUCUACAGGAUACGCUAUGCUGGGGCGAGUUCAUCCAGUCCCAUUCUGGAAAUACUGCGUUGCCGCCCAUACCAGCCCAAUGUCUAAUGCAAUCUCAACCCAGCUCCACUACAUCAUCCAGCCAGGCUCGUUAUCUGCGUCCGUUUUCCGGAAAAGGUCUCCAGACACUCAGUGGUGUUGCUGCUUCCAAUGUGCAAACUCCGCGAAAGGACAGUUUUCAGGAUGUAAACCCACCCGCCCGACAGGAUCAGCAAGCCAAGCACGACGCCGGGACUGUGAUGCUUCACAGCGAACGCGGCGCAGAUACUCCCAGGGCUCCCCAGUCUCCAGGCGCCUUUGAAAAGGUUGAUGCUGUGUUUGUCGGACCCUCCCGGGAUACCUUUCGGCACCUUUCCGACACGGUUCAAGGACACGAGCACCGCCUCGAAAGGCUGGAAAACGUUUCAUUUUCUGCUGCAGGCCACGAUGAGUGUCAUGAGAAGCACGACGCCACCGAUCUUCGUGUGACCGACCUUGAAGUCCGGGUCGAGGAGGUUGAGAAGCUCAUGAACGAUAACAGCAGUACUGCAGGCCGUCGCGUUGACCGUCAAACCUUUGAUGAGUCGACCAACAGCGUCAUCUCGGUUGCAACUAGUACCACCACCCGCGCCGGGCACUCGGGUGAGAUAUUCAACCAGAUCCAGUCGUUGCAGUCUCAGAUCCUUCAGCUUCAAUCGCUACUCCCUACGAAUGCUCGACCUUGGGAAAUUGAGGUUGUGUUCCUGCCUUUCCCCUUGAAGAGAGUCUGGCAGGAGCUCCAGGAUUUCAAGUCGGAAGGCCCUUCAAGCUUGGAUGAGUGGACGCAAAUGCCCAACACCAUGAGCUCUGCAACUCUGAGAGCACAAUCACCCUUUUGUGCGGGGUGGGCUGAUCCAGGCCACGACUACGAAUGGUUGAUGGCUAAGGCGUGCAGUCCCAUGAGCAUCAUCAACAAGAGAUUGGAAAGCCGCGGCCUGGUGCGCACCAUUUCCAUCAAGGGAUCCGACGCCAGAAGUGUCCAGGCAGCACUGCACGCUGCCUUCGGCACUACCUUCGUCGAGCUCUCGGGCGGCUCGCGCUCGGCCUCACGGCGGCGCAGUCUUGAUAGCAAGACGAGUCGCUUCCUGGGAUUGCAACAGCCGUGGGUCCCGCUCCGUAAGAUCCACAAAGACUCCCGCCUCCGAUUCUUGACCCCGGCAGAGAUGAUCACACCUGCUCUCUGGGAUGUGUCUUUCCUCAACUCAGUUAUCAUGCGGUCUUCUGAGCCUCGCCUCUUCAUCACUCAGCCUGAGGCCUACCUCCAAGAUCUGCCAGCCUACGAGAGUGGCUGGAACUGGCAACGGCUCCGAGAAGUCAGCCGUUUUUACCCUAACUCCCAAGCAACCGUACCCGAGGCCGACGCACGAGAGGACUACUGGAUGUGGAAUGACCAGCUUGACGAGACCCCAAGUGCCCAGUCAUCUUUGAGUAUGCGACAGGCUGGUCAGCGCGUCUCAGCCUCCCCUUCUCUACACCAAAUUGCGAUGCAAUCUUCGAUGCGAUCCUCUAGUCCCAUGAUGGCCCGUGGUCAAACACCCGCUCGGGAGCGAAGAUCAUCCAAACCCUCGUACAUCCGUACCACCUCAUUGCCUCCGGCAGUUCCUGCGAAUUACUCGCCGUCACAGCAAAUCAAACGUCGUGUAUCCUCCUUCGGACAGCAGAGAGCGGCCGCUCAUAUCCGCACUAGUCCGCCGAAUAUCAUGACAGCUUACAAACGGCGCCGAACUCGUUCUCCGAGCCGACCCCUCAACACGCCCCGCUGGACCGUAUCACCAAGCCCCAUGCCUGGUGUAAUGCCCUCUGACGAGCGUCAUCCAUCGACUCGAGGGAUCACGCCACACUACUAUGCCACCCCGUAUAGCAACGCGCCGGUGGCAGAGACACGCCUACGUGGCACAAGCGGCGGCGUGGAUGGUUCACCUACAGAGGACGAUGAAAACCUGGAUCCAGACUACGGUAGUACGAACCCGUAUGACGAGAGCGACGAGAGCGAUUACAGUGUCGAGAUGGCGGCUCAGCCAGUUCCAGCUAGAGAGGGCGACUCAUCGUACUCGCGGCAGAUCCAGCUGCCUGAGGAUGAGCCUUGGCCAGGCAUCGAGGAUCAGGACCACAUGUCGGACGGCGAGAACAUCGACCCGCUCUUCACCCCGACGGCCGAUGACGACAUCCACUCUGAAGUGAGCAGCCAGCCUUCCGAGUAUCCUAGCACCCAGCGCGGCUGGCAGGUCCCUGGCGCAGACGGCGGCGUUGGCUUCCACAUCCACGAGGACAACGAACGCAUGCAGGGCUGGAGCUAA